UUGAGCUGCUCCGAUCUAUCUUUUAGGGGGAAAAAUAAGAACAAAACAAUUUUCAUAGGAAAACCAAACCAAAGUGCCACAAAAAGGGGAAAGAGCCGUCAAUCGCGUCCACUACUAUGGCCUACUACGAGGUUGAGGUGACCAUAUCGUCGGCCAAGGACCUGAAGAACGUGAACUGGCGGCACGGCCCCAUCCGGCCGUAUGUCGUCCUGUGGGUGGACCCGAACAGCAAAUGUUCGACCAGGGCCGACGAGGAGGGCGAUACAUGCCCUUUCUGGGACGAGAUCCUCGUGCUCCCUGUCCCGACCGGCGAGCGGCUGGAGGACGCGGUCCUCUCUAUCGAUGUCGCCCAUGCCGGGUCCGAGGAGGACACCAAGCCACUCAUCGGCUCCGCCCGGCUCAAACUCAAGGAGGUCCUCGACGAUGCCGGGAUCGGCGAGCGCCUGACUCGCUCUCUCCAGCUCAAGCGCCCGUCCGGCCGCCCCCAGGGCAAGAUUGAUGUCACGGUCUGCAUCCGGGAUCUCCGGUAUCGGUCACGUGAUGCCUACUACGCACCGCCAUAUGGGGUCCCACAGCCGCCGGCUCCCUCAGCUUACACUGCGCCGCCGCCGCCCCCUCCAUAUGGGUACCCGUACUCCCAGCCCCCGCCACCGCCGCCGGCUGGUUAUGGUUACCCGUACGGCGCUCCUUCGGCAUAUGCACAAGCCUCGGCGGUGCCACCGCCCGAGGAGAAGAAGAAGAGCAAGUUCGGGGGGAUGGGGACGGGGUUGGCCGUGGGGGCGGUGGCGGGGGCCCUGGGAGGGGUGGCCCUGAUGGAGGGAGCUGAGUACGUGGAGGACAAGAUCGAGGAUGACGUGGCUGAGAAGGUGGAGGAUGACUUGGGAUACGACGACAUUGAUGAUUUCUAGGUGUGUGUGGGCAGUGGGGCCCGCUCAUAGACCUCCCCGGUAGCUCCGGUUCGAUUGCUCCGGCGGGGCCCAGUUUCAAGCGUGCGUUUCUUCGCUUCUUUUGGUUGUCGUCUGUUGAGUGUUUGUAAUGUUCGCUGUUAUCAUAAAUUUCGAGUAAUUAAUGGAACUAUUAAAUUAUAGAAGAAAUCAUUAAAAUUAA